AUGAACGAGUCUGCUAAUGAUUCUAAUGUCAAUAUAUCCAUUUCCGAAGAAGAUGGAAAAUCAUCUGAACAACUUUUCCAGAUAGUUAAGUUCUUGAGAAAAGAAAAAGAUAUAGCAAUUGCCAAAUUUGAUAUAUUACAAGCAGAGACUAUGAGGUUAAGAUCGCAAUUAGAAAUUACCGAGAAACAACUUGAUGAUGUUAAAUUGGCACUUGCAGCUGAAAGAGAAAGGUCUGAAGUGAAUAUAGUGACAGUCAAUAAACAGUCUGACAUAUUAAGAAAAGUAGAGACACUUAACGCACUGACAGAUAGUAACAGAAUUCUAAGAGAAGAGCGGGACAACUUGUCGGCUCGUGUUGAAGAACUUACUAAGUCCAUAAAAUCUUUAGAAGACCAAUUAAAUCCUUUACAAGACAAGAUCUCAGAUUUAACUUCUAAGAAUGAAACAUUACAAUCUGAAAAUACCUCUCUUAAAUCUGAUUGUGCAAGAUGGAGAACAAGAGUGAAUGCUUUGGUUGAGCGUGCAAAUAAAACUAGCCCUGAAGAUUGGAAACGUCUGCAAAAUGAGCGAGAAACUCUUGCUAAAAUGUUAACAAAUGAAAAAGAAGCACUGAAAAAAGUAAAUGAAGAAAUGGGGGUUAUUAAAAUAGAGAAGUCGAAACUAGAAGAGCAAUAUACAGUAUUAUCAAGACAGCAAAACGCUUUGGUGGAAGAUAAUAAGAGAUUAAAUGAAGAAUUACAGACCCUUAAGGAUGAUAUGGCAAGACUUACUGAAGAACUAACAAAAUUAAAGACGGAAAAUAGUUCUCUUUCUGAAAUAAAUGCAAAACUAACUGAAGAAUUGAGUAGCAAGGAUGCUUCAUUGAGCGAUAUAAGAAAUAAAGAAAUGCAAAUAAGAAAAAUUGCUAAAAAAUACAAAGGUCAAUAUGAAGAACUUGUAAAAACAGUAGACGAAGAUAAGAAAAAGUGUGAAGGGGAAGCGGCAGCCGCGGGUGUUGUGUUAGCUGAAAACUCUAAAAAACUUGAAGAUCAACUGAGUGAACUUCAAAGUCAACUGGAAGUGGAAAAAACAAAUAACGACAAGUUGAAACAAGAACUUGAAGCUUUACGUACAGCUAACAUGGAUAAAGAAGAAAAAGCAAAACAGGUUUUGAAACAAGCAAAGAGCAAAAUAGUCCAACUGACUGAAAUGAAAAAUACUCUGAGCCGGGAAUUAGACGAGUCGCGAAAUAAAAUAGGAGCCAUCGAACAAAGCACCCGCGAUGAGCAAGAUGUUAGAUUGGCUUUAAUAAAAUCACAAUACGAGGGUCGACUAUCUCGUUUGGAAAAAGAACGUGGUGAAGCACAAGCCGAAAAGACGAGAGAGGUUGAAGCUCUGCUUCAGAAAGUGAACAUGCUUCAAAGGCAAUUGGCCAAUCAAGCUUCUUCGGGUAAACAGCAAACCACCACAGAAAAAUCCACCACAGACCCACCGACGGCUAACAUUAAACCUAUGGCGGGCGUAGCGCAGCAGAGCGUGACGGCGAGCCGCCGCGGCGGGGAGACCCCGCUGGCUUCGAUCCGGCCGAUGGCGCAGGUCGGCCCGACGGCCCCGCACGACGCCCACACCACCGAGUACAUGCCAGCGUCAUCGUCGCGCCCCUUGCCGCGCGCCGCCCUGGCCGCGUCCGCCGCUUCGGCCGCCUCGGCCACCGCGCCCACCUCCGCUGCAGCGGCCACCUCGGCCACCUCCGCCCCGCCAGAGUCCACCCAGGACAUGGAUACAAGCGAGGUUGGAAUGGGCAGCUCCGGAUCUAGCGAUAGUACUGCACAAUCUUCUUCACAUUCCCAGCCACCGCAACAGGCGGUAGCCUUAGUGAUGCCGCGCAUAGAGCAGCCUAGCGGUGGGAGCUCCAGCGUAGCCCCGACGGCAAGUUCAGCCGCGCCUAGCGUCACCAGCCAAGUUGCUGUCGCUGCCCCCGCCACUCCACAAUCCGGAGCGACAAGCGCGACCCAGACAUCAGCGGCGGUCGCGCAAGCCUCUAGCGGCGUCAGCACAUCACACGCUCCGCCUGGCGUCAGCACUUCUCACACAGCACCAGGCGUCAGCACUUCCCACGCGGUGCCGGGCGUCAGCACUUCCCAAGCGGUGCCGGGCGUUAGCACCUCGCAAGCGGCGCCCGGCGUCAGCACCUCGAAUGCCCCGCCCGGCGUCAGCACUUCCCACGCGCCACCCGACGCCCGCCCACCGAAGCGGCGACUGCAAGCCAGGCCCGUCACUUCCAAAAGGACACGCGUACAGGGCUUUGAAAGGUCUUUAGAAGUAGAGUAUCAAGUACCGACAUCGUCACGUUGCGAUCAAGACGACGAGGGAGUCAUUGUUGUGGACUCUGAGGAAGACGACGAACGUUGCACUGGCACCAUGUACAGGGAGGGUGAAGAAGAUGAUGAGGAAAUGGAGGAAGAGCAGGAAGUGGAAGCUGGUGAAGAGGAAGAAGAGACUGAGGGAGACGAUGCUGAAAAUGCCAGACAGCGGGAGUCUCCGGCGCAAUCUCCGGAAGCGGGUGAGGCGGCGGAGGAGGGCUCGCCGGGAGAGGGCGCGGCGGGAGCGGCGCGCGAGGCCGACAGCGAGCCGGCGCCCCAGCACCAGCAGAUCGAAGCCAUCAGCAGCGGCACCGAGCCAAGUGGCACCCUCUCUCUGGGUGGUAACGGUGGAGACGACGGUGAUGACAGCAUUGUGCCAUCGACUCCAACAUUAUAUGUUCCAAGACGAAAUGAUGGUUUCGGCGAGGCGGUGGUGUCCCCGCUGGGCGCCGGCGGCGACGCGGAGGCGGCGGGCGGCGCGCGCUUCACGUUCGCCGAGGGCGCGGCCUCGCACCACGACACGCACGCCGACCUCGCCGCCGCGCUGCCGCCGCCGCACGCCGCGCAGCCGCCGCACGCGCGCCCCCACCCCGACCGCCGCGCAGAGGGUAGUGAAUCUCGCGAAUGGGAGGAAUCCCGCGCUGAAGAAGAAGCCGCUGCGGUCAGUUCGCAGGGAAGUGAACCUUCGUCCCCACAUCAGCCGGCGCAGAUAGCGGAGGAGGGCCGCGAGGCAGAGGCGAGCUCGCCGGCCUCUACGCCACGGCGCACCGCCCACGUGCAGUCGCAGGUCCACGCCGCCGUGCAUUCUCCCCACCAGCGCUGGAUGCGCGCCGCCGAUAGUGAAAGCGGACCACGCGGUCGUGGUAUGAGGUCUCGAGGUCGACCCUCAAGGAGAUCGCACUACAUGAGGUUC